CGUCACCACCGCCUUUUUCUGGAACCUAUAUAAUUUCAAAGCGCACCACUAUUGAUUCCGACGCUGAGAGACAGAAGAGAGUCGUCGGCGACGGGCAGAUUCGUUUUUAGGGCUUCAAAAUCAUCAUGGGAUCUGUGCUAGCAUUUACUGACGGCGCGGUUCUACCGGCCAGUCUUGUGUUUGAUGCAUUGAAGGAGCUUGGGAAUGGAGCUUUGGAUGAGUGUGAACCUCAAAUUAUCACUCAAGCGUCUUCCUUGAGUCAGCUACCGCAGGGGACUUCCUCUGUCGACAUUGUGUUUGCCCUUUGCAGAUCAAUUGAAUUCCUAAGUGAGCAGUUGUUGAAGGAGAUCUCAAGAGUCUUAAAGCCUGGUGGGACAAUCUUAGUUUACAAGACCUCUGAAACAGAUAAGACCACUUCCGUUCUUGAGCGCAAGUUACUGUUGUCUGGUUAUCUUGAAGCACAAGUUCUUCAACCAAAAUCAUCUGACUUGUGCUCUGGAGUCAAGGCUAAAAAGCCUUCUUGGAAAAUUGGCUCAUCCUUCGCCUUAAAAAAGCCUUCAAAAGCUCUACCGAAGUUGCAGAUUGAUGAUGAUUCAGAUCUGAUUGAUGAGGAUAGUCUGCUAACUGAAGAGGACUUGAAGAAACCACAGCCAGUUGUAGCUGAUGACUGUGAAGUUGGAAGCACUAGGAAAGCUUGUAAAAAUUGCACUUGUGGGAGGGCUGAAGAAGAACAAAAAGUAGAGAAGUUACAAUCCACUGUGGAUUUGAGCAGUUUCCAAUCGGCGUGUGGCAGUUGUGGACUAGGGGAUGCUUUUCGAUGUUCAACGUGUCCUUAUAAAGGUCUUCCUCCAUUCAAACCGGGCGAGAAGGUAGCAUUUUCUUCCAACUUCCUUGCAGCAGAUAUAUGAACAAUCGGGUAGGCACGGCAUGGCUGCAUGGGGAUCUUGGAUUUUAGUAUACGUGGUGUCGUUUCUCCACAUUUUGGGUUAUUUUUGUAGUAGCGAUCGUUUUACCAACUCCAAGCGGUUGAACUUUUGUGUUGUACUCUGAAUUGAGAUGCGUAACCUGGUUCCAUUUUUCAAAAGUAUUCUGGCCUGUACUUCAAGGUUUGACAGCAUUUUGCUGUAAUUGUACUGGUUAUAAACAAUGUUGUACCUGAUAAAAGUCAGUUUUACAUUUUGAAUAAUGGGUCUCAGGUUGUGGUCGUA